AUGGAGGAUCAGGACAGUGUGACACUUUGCUUCCCAGAACUCCUCAACAGCUCUUGCAGAAAGCCAACUCUCCUUUGGUCUGAGAUUGUGCUACUCAACUUUCUGUGGUCCUUCAUCUCUCUGACAACCUCAGUUCUCAACCUGCUGGUCAUCAUCUCAGUCUGCCAUUUCAGGAUGAUGGAGGAUCAGGACAGUGUGAGACUCUGCUUCCCAGAACUCCUCAACAGCUCUUGCAGAAAGCCAACUCUCCCUUGGUCUGAACUUGUGCUUCUCAACCUUCUGUGGUCGUUCAUCUCUCUGAUAACUGCAGUUCUCAACCUGCUGGUGAUCAUCUCAGUCUGCCAUUUC